UCCUGGCCCACAAGCACUCGCCGUGUCCCAGUCCAUUCCCCUAGCUCCUCGACCCCUCCCGAUCUGAACUCGCCGCCGGCCGCCUCCCGCCUGCCUCCGUGCUCCGUGCCUCGCCGGUUAAUCGCCGUCGACGCCUCCCGCCUGGAUCCGUGCCUCGCCCCGCCCACCGCGGCCAGCCGCCCAGUCCGCAGACCAGUCCAGCCCGGGGGCCGUCGGUGACCCUGCCCUUCACUACAGCAGGUGACCCACCCUGUUUUAAAUUCCUAGAUCCGCCGCUGUCUCAAGCAGCAGGUUGAGCCAGCAGUCAGCAGUGAGGCACAGAGGCAGGCAGGCCGGCAGCUCCACUACGCACUCACAGCUUCUCCUUCGCAUCGCCGUCCAUCCGACAGCUCUGCAAGCCCGCGCUUCAGCGGAGAUGCAGAGGCCGGCUGAUUUCAAGCUCCCCCACUUUUUCAACUACCCACCCUACUUUACCUUGCAGCCUGUGAGAGAAACACGUGAAAAGCAAGUGCAGCUAUGGAAAGAGCUGAUACUUGAUUACUGUAGAAGUCAAAAGAUGUAUAUAAUCUCCCUGGAAGAAGAUUUUCAGUUGUUCUCCAAUCCAAAGAUUGAGAGAUCUCUUAGCUAUGAAGCAAAGGAAGCGUUCCUUGCAGCUCUUGUUAGUGAAGGUCGUGCAGAGUGGAUUGACAAAGGUCACAAGAAGUGUCUCAUCCUUUGGCUGCGGAUUCAAGAUUGGGCUAACUACAUAUUAGACUUUGUUAAGGAAACUGGGUUGGAAGUAACAACUAUUGAAGAUAUACGUUCUGGAAUUGAAACACAUGGGACCGAACUUGCGGGAAUUGAUCGCGGUGUCCUGAUGCGAGCUUUGAGGCUGUUGGAACAAAAGGGAAAGGCGGUCAUCUUUAAGGGCACUUCAGCGGACGAUGAAGGCGUCAAAUUUUCUGUUUAAACGUUGUGCAAACUGACAGAUGGAUAAUAAUCUUGGUGGGUGUCCUUUUAACAUGAUACAUCCUCUCUUACCCGUAUGUACAUACACUGAUGACAUCCUUCUGGUCGGAAUCGUUCAAAUGCCAGUCAGUAUUUUAUUUGCCGUC